UUCUUUUCACCAGGAUAUGUUAGGGCCACCGGUGAUCCUAAAUGCUUAUAAGAAAUGGUAGAGGCGGACCAGGUUCGGGGCCAAAAAAACAGACUUUCAGCUUAAAAACACUGAACCUUCUCUUGGAGCAAACUAGAAUCUACAAACCUAAUCCUCUCCCAUGAAAAAUGUAUCAUCAGAUUACAUUUCUGUGGUGAUUUGGUGUUUAUCGACGUCUCGGAUAAUCUCAAAAAAUCAGUGAUCAUUUUGGAUGAAGCCAGUCUCCCAUACAUGGUUUUAUCACCAAAACCUCCUCACCGAUCAGGAUCUUGGCUGUUCCAUCUAAUCGCAGGGACUGUGCCCACGCAGAACUGAUAAGGUAAGGGGGAAAAAAAUCAGUAGUUGGAAAUCUCAGCUCGCUGCUCAGUUACCAUGAAUGGGGAAGCAGAGAUAGCAGAUGAGAAGGACUGGAGGGAGCUUGAACCGAACUACCCAGUCAAAGUGUUUCUGACUGUCCUCUACAGCCUUAUCUUGGUAACAGGAAUUCUGGGUAAUGCAGUCACGGUCAGAGUUACGCAGGUGCUACUGCAAAAAGGCUACCUGCAGAAGAAUGUGACAGACCACAUGGUGAGCUUGGCAUGCUCCGACCUCUUGGUCCUCCUUAUCGGUAUGCCUGUGGAGCUCUACAGUGCCAUUUGGUUCCCCUUCACGUCCGCAUCAGGCGAUAUUUCCUGUAAAAUCUACAACUUCCUGUUCGAGAUAUGCAGCUAUGCCACCAUCCUCAAUGUGGCCACACUUAGUUUUGAGCGCUAUGUGGCCAUCUGCCACCCACUCCAUUUCAAAACUUUCACCGGAAGGCGUACCACCUCCCUUAUCACCUUAGCCUGGUUGGUUUCUGUGGUUGUAGCCUUGCCAUCACUGUUUGUCACGGGAACGGAGGGUCACAUUCCCAUUCGCUCAGACAGGCCUGCUCAGAAUUUGACAUUCUGCACAAACCUAAGGGAACAGUGGGUGAUGUAUAGGACCAGCAUCUUUGUGGCUUUCAUUGUCUACAUGGUGGUGUUGGUCUGUGUGGCCUUCAUGUGCCGGGCUAUGAUCUUGGUGCUAUGGAAGCCCAUGGGGUCUAGUGGAGCCAAUGGAGCAGGAGGUCCCAAGCAUGAAAGCUCAAAAAUGAAGACGGCCAGGAAGCAGACCAUCAUUUUUUUGGGUCUGAUCGUGGGAGCCUUGGCGGUCUGCUGGCUGCCCUACCAGGUGCGUCGCCUGAUGACAGCAGCUGUGCCCAAGUCCAAAUGGGACCUGUCUUACUUUCGCAGCUUUGUCACCCUUCACCCUGUGUCCGACACCUUCUUCUAUCUCAGCUCUGUCCUCAACCCUUUCCUUUACAACCUCUCCUCCCACCAGUUCCGGAAGGUCUUUGUCCAGGUACUGCGGUGCCACUUGACCAUCGAGCAUGCCAACAAGCGCACCCUUAAAAGCGCCCAGGUUGCAUCUGCGCGCUCCCUUCAGCCCUUGCUUCUCAAAUCACUGCGUCGUGGCAAGGGGAAUCACUCUACCCAAGGAGAAGAGAUCCCCCCUGCCACGGCUGUGCCUUUGGAGAGCAUGACUGACUCUGGGGUGGCUUCAAACACUCAGGAGUUCCUGUUUCUGGCAGAGGAAUCAGAGCCUGCCCACAGAAAAAAAAGCAAUGUACCCUCAGAGACGGAAAUAUGAGGGUGCUGUACGGGGUUUAUUGCAACACAGGAAAUUAGGUCAUAGAAAACAUGACACAAGCUGCUUUAUCCAAGGACGCCCGUGUCUCUAGGAACAAAGAUAAACUCUUUACACACAGUGAACACAAUACAAAAACUUCCAUCAGUUUCAAUCACAGACAACACUGACUUGACAAUUUGGCACUAUUUAAAAGCUUGUUAGGACUUGUCGAUGGCAUAUUUACAGCUGAAAAACGUAUUAAAUCGUUGUUGUUUCAGAAAAGUCUCUAAGAUGUUACAAAAGCUGAAAUGUUUAAGGGUUAGGCAUGAAUUCCCCAGGUGUUUUGACUUGGACUUCCUGUUUGGGUUAUCUUCAGGAGAGGAAAAGCUUUGCAAUUGAAGCUACAAUGUCUUUAUUAUAGUUGAUCGUUCUAAUGGUGAUUGUCAGGUAGGACUCUCCAGGGAAGAAUUAUAAUGUUUUACAUGUCCACUGUUGAAGAAUAAUGCAGGAAGUGUGUCUAACAAGUAGAUAUGACAGAACAAGCUAGUAGAAGACUUUCACCAAUUGGUUCAGAUUUACAAAAUCAAUAGCUAGAAAAACCACCAAUAGUUCAACCACUUUUGUUUUUUGUUUUUUUGUGUAAAUGUUCUGAUACAACAGCACUGGCAAAUCUUUCAUUUUAAAUGCAUCUCUGGGAUUCAGCAUGGUCAAAUGCCAAUACAAUUAUAAGUGUCACGCCGUUGGUCUCAGUAAGUAAAGCAAAAAUGACAAUCGCCAGGAGGGAUGCGUUAAAUUCCCAAAUUAGGCAGUAACACUUAUGAUUUGAAGCUGAAAAGAGUUCACAUUUUUGAACAUGACCAGAGCACCUAAAUACAACACAGCAAUUUAUAUAUAGUCUAUGAAAUGGAAGCCAUCUUUCACUACAGCUGUAACAGUCACACUACAGUCCCUCAUUCUAAUGUAUAUAUCUGUCCUACCACAACACUGCUGCUCGAAUUCAUAGAAGGAUUAUUUUCUAAAAAGUAAAAUCUACUCUCCGUGUCAACCAUCAGGUAAUGCUAACAUUGGUUUGGUAAAGAAAGAUGACAAGUGUGUGUUGAAACAUGCCUCUACAGCUCGCUCUACUACACUGGACCAAUAAGAUUGAGGAGAUGUUUACCAUACACUUUGGGAGUACUUAGAAGUGUCCAAUGUGUUGGUAAAUUUGAGACCCGUCCACACUUUUCUGCUUAUUGCAUACUUUCACACUUUUCUAAGUGCUGCAUUGACUGCAUGCUGUCCAAGAAACAUUAAAAAAAAAGAAAAAAAAAGAUCAAGUAACAUGAUGCAAGUUCUUUUUCUAGAACUAGCAGGAUUUGUUGCUGCUGUCAGCAAACAGUAUUAAGGAAAAUUUGAAAAUACAAGAAACUCCACCAACACAGCCAUUUGUCUCGCCUGUCAUAAACUACAGGCCACCUACAUAGCAUUAAACCCAACAUUUCUUGGCUAUGAUUGGUUGAUAGAAGCAUUUUAGCCCACAUCGCAGCAGCCUCAGUCAACUGUCUUGUGAAAAAUUUACUUAGAGUUUGCAAAAAGCAAAACAGUGUGAACAUGGCCUAGGUUGUGUCCUUUUCUGAGAAUAUCUUAUGAUCAUGACUGACAUAUAAAGCAUGUAUCCACUAUCAUGUCCAGCAUCAUAUAAUACAACUGUAUAUCACAUCUAUUUUGGUCAAAAAUAUAUAGCACACUUUUUGAAUAAUUCAUUCACUGGUUUUCAAACAAUUUCUUGAAUAGGAAUAGAAUGGUAAAUUUCUAUGGCUUUGAGUAUGAAUACUGUUCCUCAGCUGUGUAUUUUCAGCAGAUGAAACCUUAUGCAACCUCUGAAAGUAUAUUGGAAGUAAACAAAGACAGAUAAACAACUUGUCCAAUAAAUUAGCAGGGAG